AAAUUCUCUCUGAGUACAUAGUAAAUAUCAACGGGAUAGGAUACAUCCCUGUCUAACUCCACAUAGUAUUUUUAUGUGAUCUGUUUCUUCUCCGUUAAUUCAGUAGAUGUCUGAAAUUAUUCUGAGGUUUUUGUCAUCCACGUCUGCUUCUUUUAAAAUGGUAUUUUAGUUUAGUAUUACGUUUCUAUUAUCUUAUGUGUAACAUAGCAGGCUUGUUCUAUUUCCGUUGAAAUGGGCGAAGACUUCUUUAGACAUUUUUAUAACCACUUUUUUAUUAGUAUCUACAGAAUAGUUUUACACUUUAUGUAGACGUUAUUUAGAAAUUUUUAUGUGAUCUGUUUCUUCUCCGUUAAUUUUCAUAUAUGCUGGUCUGAUUUCAGUAGAUGCCUGAAAUUAUUCUGAGGUUUUUGUUAUCCACGUCUGCUUCUUUUAAAAUGGUAUUUUAGGUCAGUAUUACGUUUCUAUUAUCUUGUGUGUAACACAGCAGGCUUGUUCUAUUUCCGUUGGAAUGGGCGAAGACUUCUUUAGACAUUUUUAUAACCACUUUUUUAUUAGUAUCUACAGAAUAGUUUUACACUUUAUGUAGACGUUAUUUAGAACACUUCAUUUAGGCACUCCAUUGAUGUUAUUGUUUGUGCAAUACGCAUACUUUUAACACAUUUAUAAGCAGUUAUUCUUCUUUCUCUUCUACAUAUUUUAUGAUUUUUUUUCUUUUGUUUUUAGUAUAACAUGGCAGACGUACCACCAAUGCUAUCCUUCCCAUCGUUUUCACUGCGAUUAGCAACAUAUGCAACAUGGCCGGCCGCGUUACCUAUUCAACCUCUGGAAUUUUGCCUUGCGGGAUUCCGUUACACAGGGAAUAGUGACGUGGUCUUGUGUUGUUUUUGCAACACACGGUUGCAUAACUGGCCAAGUAGCAGCAAACCAAUGGAAGCCCAUAAGCCGACUUGCACGUAUGUAAAAGCAUUUAAAGAAUUUUACCAUUUAAGUACUUACGAGGGUCGUCUCCAAACAUUUAAGAACUGGGGAGGUUCAGAAGCAGAGACAUAUGCUAGAGCUGGUUUCUAUUUUACAGGAGAGACGUUACGGUAUGUGACGAAACAACACAUAUUUUUACCCAACGUGCGGUUACAAACGCUUGCAUUACGGCCUGGUCCGGUCGUGUCUAAGAGAUUGGUAGAGGAGAAAAAAGCUGCCGAAAACGGCUAUUUCUAUUCGGGUGUAUAUCAAAGGGUGAUACAUACAGACGUAUGUGUAAUGCUAGAUAUGGAUUUGCCCCCCAAAAAAAUUGAUGGUAGAAUUGUGUGCAAGGUAUGUCUGGAUGAUGAAAUGAAUGUUUUAUUUUUACCCUGCAGACAUCUAGCUGUCUGCAUAUCCUGCAGUAACGAAUUAGAGGAAUGUUGCAUAUGCCGAUCUGAAAUUUUCCAACGCAUAAGGGUUUUUAUGUAGGACAUCUGAGGCUUUUUUCUUUUUUUUUUUUUUACUCGGUUCGU